AUGAUUAAUCAGAAGCUAAUAAUAGUGUCGACAACACCAAUAAGAAGACUAAUAAUAAGUAGUAGAAGAUACUUAUGUAAAUCAUCAAUCAGAUUACAAAUAGAUUCAAAUAUACUCAAACAAAGACAACGGUUGGAUAAAUUUAAUAAAUUAAGAGAAGACCAACAAAGAUAUAACAAUAAAACAGCUACUUAUUAUACGGCAUCUCUUGGUAUAUUUUUUCUUGCUUUAUCAUUUAGUGCAGUUCCAUUAUAUAAAGCAAUUUGUCAAAGAACAGGAUGGGGAGGUAUUCCAAUAACAGAUUCAAAACAAUUUACACCAGAUAAAUUAAUACCAGUAGAUACAAAUAAACGUAUUAGAGUUUCAUUUACUUGUCAAAGUUCGGGGAUUUUACCAUGGAAAUUCACACCAUUACAAAGAGAAGUUUAUGUAGUACCGGGAGAAACAGCAUUAGCUUUUUAUAAAGCUAAAAAUUUAUCGAAUGAAGAUAUAAUUGGAAUGGCAACUUAUUCGAUAACACCAGAUAAUGUAGCAGGAUAUUUCAAUAAGAUUCAAUGUUUUUGUUUUGAAGAACAAAAAUUAAAUGCAGGAGAAGAAGUUGAUAUGCCAGUUUUUUUCUUUAUUGAUCCAGACUUUGCAAAAGAUCCUCAAAUGAGAAAUAUUGAUGAUAUUGUUUUACAUUAUUCAUUUUUUAAAGCACAUUAUAGUGAUGGAGAAUUGCAAGCAGUCGAAGCAAAACCAAUAGGUACGAUUGAAAUGAAAGCGUCGAUAAAUUAG